AUGUCCUCUCAAUACACCAGCGAGCCCAACCCCACUGCGUCGGCCACGCUCAACACGACGGUUGGCCCCAUCCAGAUCGCGCUCUUUGCAAGCCAGGCCCCUCUCACCUGCAAGAACUUCCUCCAACAUUGCAAGGACAAUUACUAUGCUGGCACAAUCUUCCAUCGAGUGGCCCCCGAUUUUGUGAUCCAGGGCGGUGAUCCCACCGGCACUGGCUCCGGCGGAACCUCUAUCUAUGAAUACCCAGAAUUCGAAUUCGACCCUGAAGCUCGAGAUCCAGAAGAGCGGGUGGUUCUACGCGAUGAGCUGCACAGUCGGUUACGUUUCAAUCGACGUGGCUUGCUAGGAAUGGCCAAGAGCGAGGACGGGACAUACGGCAGUCAAUUUUUCAUCACGCUAGCGAACACGGAGCGUGAGAUGAAUGGACAAUGUACAAUUUUUGGGAGACUAGAAGGAGACAGCAUCUACAAUGUGUUGAAGAUCGCAGACGCGGAGCGCAUUGCGGGCACCGAGCGUCCUGUUUAUCCGGUCAAGGUGACAUCCUGCGAGGUUGGAGAACUUGGGCCAUUGGAGGGCAAGUUAAAGGACAGAGAGACAGUCUCAACAACCGAGAAGGCAGGAAAGGGCGCACCCAAGAAAAAGAAGAAGGCGCCGAAAGGCGGGAAGACGCUUCUGAGCUUUGGAGACGAUGGAGACGAAGAAAUCCCUAUGCGCCCAGCGAAGCCGAAAUUCAAUACCAAUUUGGUCGUCGAUGCGCCAGGUGCAAAGGCCGAAAUAUCAAAACCCAAACCCCGAGCCGAAGCCCCAUCACAACCGCGCAAACGGCCCCGGUCGCCAUCUCUAGAUCGAUCACCGUCUACAGAGCGUAAGAAGCGCCCCAAAACACCAGACCCAGAAACACAACUCCCCCUGCCUGACCCUGAGUCGCCUGUUCGGUCUCCGACCCCAGAUGCCCAACCUGCAAAGGAGUCCAAACUGUCGCGGACAAAUGCUCAGAUUGCCGCUCUGAUGGCAUCCAUGCGCCGCGACGUCGAUGUCGGUCCUAAGGACACAGGCCGAAAGAAAUCCGCACUCGAAGCCAUGAUCCCCGAGACCUCGAUCCGAGGACGGAAACGGCCACCUCCAGGGUCUGCAAAUGGCUCCAGUCGCAACGGGACAGGGCCUAGUAGCGCCGCUGAGCGAGAAGCACUACAGCUUUUCAAUGCAUUCAAAGCCAAGCUCGAAGGCGCUAAACCCGAACCAACUACCACAACAUCACAUGGCAAAAGUCACACGGACAAAGACACCGAAAAUCAAAACGAAGACGAAGAAGACGAAGAAGCCCAACUCUGCGAUCUACAUUUCAUUGCAAACUGCCAAUCCUGCCAAGCAUGGGAUGACCCCAAGGCAGAAGCGGACGACUCCGAACAGCAAGAGGGAGGUUGGCUCUCGCACGAACUCCGGUUUGGAAAAGAUACCCUAGGCAAAGACUUGAACUGGAAGCGCGAACACGGAGGCGAGGCAGACUCACUGAUGGUAAUUGAUCCUCGUGAGCGCGAGAAAGAGGUGGUUGGACGAAAGAAGGGAUUUCAGCGUGACCGAGAGCGCGAGCGUAAACGGGAGCGAGUGGGUGAUUUGGAAUGGGAUAAGGGGCGCUAA